UUAAAAAGUUUAAAAAGAGGAAGGAGUAAUCAAUUUUGAUGACCCAAUUGGCCCAAAUCGAAUCCGGUGAAAGCUAGACCCCGUGCCCCGAAUCCAAAAGUCACACAGCACCGGUGAAGCAGCUCGCAUCAUUACCCGGGAGUGAAAAUGCUAGCUCGCCUUGCCGCCCAACGAUUGGCGGAGAUCCGCCAUUCCAUCGGCGGUUUUCCACAGGUUUCGCGAUCGUCUUCAACUGCGCUCAAUUAUCACCUUAACAGUCCUGAUAACAACCCGGACUUGCCAUGGGAGUUUACAGAGACAAACAUGAAAAAGGUUGCUAAGGUUAUUGAAGUUCCUCCCAUUCGUGUAUAUGAGGUUGCAACCUUCUACUCCAUGUUCAACCGAUCAAAGGUAGGCAAGUACCACCUUUUGGUUUGUGGUACAACACCUUGUAUGAUACGUGGUUCAAGGGAGAUUGAAGGGGCAUUACUGAAACACCUUGGAGUAAAGCGCAAUGAAGUGACAAAAGAUGGGUUGUUUUCCGUUGGAGAGAUGGAAUGCAUGGGGUGCUGUGUAAAUGCUCCAAUGAUUACAGUUGCCGACUAUUCAAAUGGAGCUGAAGGAUAUACUUACAAUUAUUAUGAAGAUCUCACUCCGAAACGAGCUAUAGAAAUCGUGGAAGCAUUUAGAAGAGGUGAAAAGCCACAGCGUGGCACACAAAACCCAGAACGUCAGAAUUCUGGGCCACAAGGAGGAAACACUACGCUGCUAGGGGAGCCAAAGCCUGCUCCAUGUCGUGAUCUCGAUGCUUGCUGAUCAAUGCUGGUCACAUGAUGUUUCUAAAUAAUGUGAAAAUGGAUCCCUCAAUUGUAUGUUGUUUUGAUUAUGUAACACAGCUGGGAGAAGGCAUUCACAUGUUCUCUUCAGUUAUAAUUCCCAGAAGCACACUACCCGGAAUGGUCUUUGUGAUCACUACUGUUCAAUUGUUGAAUUUCUUUAUGGUUUCCUGCCAUUGAGCCGCUUAGGCCAUGUUCACAGGCUCUGCUGGUGUUGUUAAAUGACAGCACGUGAUGAGAAGGUGUGUAUGGCCAUGUAUUGUUGAAUAAUACUUCAAGUUAUGAGAAUAUGCAGCUCUGUUGUAUGGGGUUUUUUUUUUUUUUGAAAAAUCUUGAGACAAAUUUCCAUGUUAAAAAGCUGCUGAAUGCUGAUACUG